CUGUUUAUGAUUUCUGGUUCUCAUGGCUACAGCCUCUCUGCUCGGAUUACUUCUAUGGGCUGCCCCCGUGAAACUGGCUGGUACCUGCCUCCGUUGCUGGCCAGAUGCUGCUGCAUAUUUUAUUUACGAUGCUAACUUGCUGCUGCAAAAGGAUUCAGCAGCCUCUGAUCAGCUGGGGACACUUUUCCUGGGAAAUGUUAAAGAGCUUGCUUCGUAUGGCAGUGGAUAUUUGGAACGAGAACAUAUGGAACGGGAGGCUGGCAAUCUCUUUCAUCAUCUCGAACUAAUUAUACAGAAAAGUCAAACAAAUCAUGAAGUCCUGAUGAAGGAGGCAGAGAUGGAAAAAGCAGACUUUAUCAAGCGUUUGGAAGAAGCAUCUAAUCUUUUUGUGAAGGAAAUCUGCAGUUUUUCCUGUGGCCAAUCACGGUUUCGACCUUAUGAAGUGGCACAAUGCAGAAACUGCCAAAUUCUCAAGGCUUCUUGCUAUGACCUCAGAAUAUGCGCAGGACCCAACAUUGUUGCAGCCGUGUUGAUAAGUCUUACAGUCUUGCUGGGGGUACUGGGAGUUGCGAUGUGGUAUUGCUGUCGUAAAAAGACAUCAGAAGAAACUGAAUCACAAGAUGAAGAUGACGAUGAUAAAGACAAUGAAGAUGAUAGUUCAGGAACUUCAGAAGGCUCAGAAAAAUCAGAAGAGGCUGCCCUAACUACUUCAGUACCAUACUAUUCAAACCCCCCUGAAACCGACAUGCCCAGUCCUCCAGAAUUCGACGUGCCCAGUCCUCCAGAAUUCGACAUGCCCAGUCCUCCAGAAUACGACAUGCCCAAUCCUCCAGAAUACGACAUCCCAAGUCCUCCUAACUUCUAAUGAUGCCCAAAAUUAAACGGU